CCGUGCCGCGGCCAAAUGUUUAAAUCUCCUGGGUGGGAGCAGUGGCAGGAACUUCACGAAAGUGGUGUCGCCGCUGCUGCCGCUGCCGCCGCCGCCGUUGCGGAAGGAGGCCUGGCUCGUCCUCGUACAAUGGGCAGCCCUGAGGAGAGAGAAUGGGUCAAUAUUGCCAAUGAUCUUCUGGCGAAAUGUAAUCUACAUCUGCAUUUGAACCAUCUUUCUGACUGUGGGGCUGAAGUCUUUAUUCAUCUUUAUCAGGCAAUACUGGGUGAAACUGUUCCAGAUCUCAUCGCCAUACCUAGUUGCCAAGAAGAUGAUGCACAUAAUGUACAGGCAAUAAUAGAUUCUUUGGCUUUGGACUACUUGCAGGUCAGCUUAUCACAUAUAACGGGAGAGAACAUUGUGAAGGGUGACAAGGAGUCCAUUAGAAAUCUCUUGGAAAUAUUUGAUGGCUUGCUUGAAUACCUUACUGAAGAAAUUAGCGAGGCUGCAUCUCAGAAUGGUGACGAUCACAAUCAGAUGGCUAAAGAUGAAGCCCAAAGUGGUCAUAUAGAAGAGCAAGAAGAUGAUCAGGAUCUACCUGUUCCUUCCCUUAAACGUCCAUCAGCUAUGGGAUCAUCUGAGUCAUCGGAGAUAUUCGCACCCUCCGAGGAGGCAGAAUGUUCAGAAUCUACAAGUGAGCUGAUUAAGCUGGGGGACACAGCUUAUUUGUUUUCUCUAAGAAAUGAAGAAUUAACAGCAGAAAGAGAAAUAUCAAAGAGAACCAUUGAAUCUGAAGACCUUGAAGCUUUUAGAGCACCAUCUAAUAUACUUUCCAGCAAGAGAAGGGUUCAUGUUACAAAAACUGAAGGAAUGGCAAAAUCUGCUGAGUUGCCUAGAGAACAGUUGAGUUCCAGUGCGAAAAAGCUUGGAGAACCAAUUCGUCCAGCAAUUCUUUUGCAGCCACCGUACCAGCCUUCUGUGCCUCGGUCCCUGUACCCAGCUGACAGAGGCAGUGGAAGCUCGCCCAAAGGUUCACUACCCCCACCAGCUAAGCCACAAAGUCUUGCUUCCUGUGAUUUUGCAGAACCCCCUGAGCAAGAGUCUGCACCCCUUCCAGGUGCUGUUUCUCCAUCAAGAACCACAUCUGAACAUCCAGCUGGAGAUGAUGAGCAAACAUCAGAAGUAGAUGCAGAGGAUGUAGCUGAUGAAAUUGUGCUAGAUGAUGAAGUGGAUGCAGGAAAGGAAAUGGAUGAGAGUAUUCAGUACACACCAGCUCCUUGUUAUCUGGAUGUCCUGCCCAAGUCCACGUCUUUACAAAGCACAAGGCCAAAACAAAGGAAUGGGCUCACUGGAGAAAGCCAGAAUGAAAGCUGCACCCUGACAGACUCCCUUGAUGAAGAACCUUUUCACCGCAGACGAGCAAAGGAAACGCUGUCUCGCCAGGAGCUGCAUGGAAUGUCAGAGAAACUUUCUCGCAGGCUGAAUGAACUCGAUAGGAUGUUAAAGUGUGCUUUGGGUGAACGAACCAGGGAGAAGUCGUCGGCUGAUGAGGAUCAACUUUCUCAGCACAGUGAUAGUGUCAUGGAUUAUCGGGAAGUGAAAGCGGAACCAGCCACUUCACGCCUGAGGAGAUUACCCAGUAGGCAGCGCUCCCUUUCUACUUCGCCCCCUCCAUCUAGCCGGCAGCUGGACAGAGUGCAUUGGAGGGAUAUGAGAGGGCCAGCAGGAAAAAUGCAGGACCACCUGCAAAGAGAAGAGGCCCAGAGGAAACUGAGAGCAGAGCUCUUAGCUAAAGCCUAUGAAGAUGAAUUAAGAGCUUAUGAAGCUGAUGAACAGUUUGAACUUGCAAAGUUAAAAACAAAAGCCAAGGAAAUGGAACAAAAAUACAAGGAACAUGUAUUUAAAGGACCUCCAAGAAUCUCACAAGCAGCAAAGAUUUACUCUCAAAAAACUAGACCCAGGAAUCUGAAGUUCAACCAGUGGAUUUCAAGGGGAGGCUUUGCAAAGCCAAAGAAAGCAGCUCCACUGAGGAUCAAGGAGAAUGAUCUCUUGCCUCGGCUAUUGGAAGAUUUCCCCCAUCUGCACAUUUCCCGCCCAACAAUGAACAAGAUGUGGCAGCAGCAGCUUGCACAGAUAGAACAGCUGAAAUCUCCUACCGGCCGAAAUGGACUGAAGCUUCAGAGUGAGUUAUUAGAAACUCUGAAGAAGCAUGACCUCCUGGUUGACCUCAUCAAGAAAGAACAGGCGCGUAACAGAAGGCUGCAAGAGUUUCAGCAGCGCAUUCAUCGGCAGAAAUAUACUCAGAAUAAACUGAGGGAGAGAAGACAGCAAAUUGCCAGAUCCAAAAAGUAUUACCAGGAUUAUAGAGUCCAGUUGCGGGCGAAGAUGAUGAGGGCCAGGACACGGGAGGAACAGAUAUUUAAAAACCUGUUUGAGGAAGGAUUGGAAAUUCAGAAGCAGAGACUGCACGAGCUAAGAGCAUAUGCUAAGGAGAAGCGUGCUGAGCAAAGGCGGCAGCAUCAGGAUGAACUAGAAUCCAUGGAGAACUAUUAUAAGGACCAGUUUUCAAUGCUGGCAGAAGCCGUCUCAGAAGAACGUCAUGAAAUCCAGACCCGAGAGAGAGCACAUGUAAAAACACUACACAAAGUGAAACAUGAACUGAGAUCAAAAAUGGAGAAAGAGAUUAAAGAGCUACAAGACAUGAUAAUGCGCAAUGACGAUGACUCAUUUUUCCGAGAACUGGAAGCUGAUCACCUGAAAUCCAGACUCCUGGUGGCUUCCUUUCAAUAUAGCAAAAAUCACCAACUCCUUUAAGCCCCGAUCCAUCUCUUGCAAAUACUUCUGUGACUUAUCUCUGGCAAAGGCACUUCUGAAAUAAAUCACACCAAAAGGGCCAGAA